AUGACGGACCCCGCGCCGCCCGACUCCACCGGCGUCCCGCACCCGGCUGUGGUUGUGGAGCCCGCGGCGGAGAACGGCCAGUGCGAGCAGGAGGAGAAGCAGGAGCAGCAGCAGGAGCAGAAGGAGCAGCAGGAGAAGCAGCAGGAGGAGAAGCAGGAGCAGCAGCAGGAGCAGCAGGAGCAGAGGAGCGCCACAGAGAGUCCGGGACAGGGUCUGAAGAUGGACCAGGAGAUGAAGAUCACAGAGAGCAUAGAUGACAAAGGUCUUCUGGAGAGCAGCAUGCGUCUGAAGCCUCAUGAAGCCCAGAGCUACCGUAAGAAAGCCCUGUGGGUGUCCUGGGUCUCCAUCGCCGUCACCAUCGUCCUCGCCAUCGCUGCUUUCACUGUUUCCAUCAUGCGUCACAGUGCUGCAGCUUUCGGAUUCGCUUUCGACGCAGCGCUGGACGUGUUGUCCUCCGUCAUCGUGUUGUGGCGAUACAGCAACGCAGCCGCUGUUCAUUCUGCACACAGAGAAUACAUAGCCUGUGUCAUCCUGGGUGUGAUCUUCAUCCUGUCCUCCCUGUGCAUUCUGGGUAAGGCCAUCAAUGACCUGGCCACCAAGCUGUUGCCUGAAGUGGACAGCUUCCUGUUCAGCGUGUCCAUCGUCAGCGGCGUGGCGUGCAUCAUCCUGGCUGUGGUCAAGUUCAUGAUCGGGAGGGUGCUGACCAGCCGGGCCCUCAUCACUGAUGGAUUCAACUCGCUGGUGGGAGGAGUCAUGGGCUUCUCCAUCCUCAUCAGCGCCGAGGUGUUCAAGCACGAGCCCCAGGUGUGGUACCUGGACGGGACCAUCGGGGUCCUCAUGGGUCUCAUCAUCCUCUCAUACGGAGUCAAGCUGCUGCUGGACAUGGUUCCACGGAUCCGACAAACCAGGAACUAUGAGCGUUUUGAGUGAUAGAGCGGAG